AUGGAUUUGUGCGAAGAUCCAGACGACUUUGAACCACAAGACUUUUCGGACAGGAUGGCAACGAUAGGCCGAAAAGCGGUCGAUGGUUGUAUGUCGGCUCUACAACCACAAAGACAGCUCACCGAUGAAGCUCAAACCGUGUUGUGCCAAAGACAAGAUGUCGAUCUGGAGACAGAAUUGGGUGACGGUUACGCUUUUACCCCAAUGAAAACGGUCUACGAUACUGGUGACCUCCUCUUGACGGUAUCGUUGGUGUACAAUCUUCAACAAGAACCAGUCCCAAGGGCAAACGUCGACACUGGACAACUCCCCAUUGUCGGCUGCUGGCCGGUAAUUUGUCUUCUGGAAGAGAAGCAGCAAGAGGACAUGCUUGAUACUGGUGCUGGUGUUGAUGGGCUACCGCCUGCUAUCGCUGGAUUAUCAGGCUUGAGACCGAGAAUGACUCCUGUCUCCCACUGCACAUUGUGCCCUGGUUCGCCCAGUCUGCACCAGCUCCUGCAGAUAGUGCUUCACCAGUCCCUCAUCCUCAUCAUGCUGCUGUACCCUCCAACGCAGUCGCCGACAAUAUCGCAAGUUCGAGCAGUGAUCCAAGGACGAGGGGUCGCAGGAAGGCGGAAUGUUGACUUGGUCGCUUCAACGCCCACAAUCCCCGGUAUCAUCGACCCCAUACUCCUCGAUCACAGCACACUCGUCGACAUUCUCGAGAGAGCCACAAGUAUCGGUCGUCGAUACUACCUCUACCGGAUUGACGAGCUCGGAAGUGAUCAUGAUGUCCGCCACUUUCUCAGCACCGGAGGUCUUGAUUUCGACGAGAGGCUGCGAGACGCUGCUUCAAGAUUUCUGCGCGGCGCUCUCGGUGGUCUUGAUACUGCGGCUUGGUCAAGCGAGGAAAGUGUCAUAUCUUUGCUUGUUGUUGUACAUGGCCACAAACACAAAUGGCGCGUUGAAGGACCGCAGGGUCCCAAGAAGUAUGUCUGCGCCCAAACCUCUUUUCUUGCUGGCGUUAUCAAACGUGACGCGACUGCCGCUCCCAAAGCCUCACGCCGUAGCGGUACAGCAACGACGAACAAGGAAACUGCCUCAGGCCUCCCACGCUCGGAAUACGAGCAAUGUCUCGAGGCGAUGGACGAUCCAAUCUUGGGCAGGAAGACAUCAGUCAACGAUAUCAACAUUGUUGCAGAGGUCAACAAGUCUUACAAGCAGCUCUGCAAAGCAGCCAUCAAGUCGCCCCAGGCUCAUCUCUACCCCUUGAAGAAGCUGGUGUUCUCACUGGAUGACGAGGCUUUCCAUGAGGUCAAUACCAUGGACUUUGUACCUGAGCACAUUGAGCUGGUUUUCUUCAACGACCUCUUCGUGUCGCCGUGCAGCUUGUUGAUGAAAUGA